GUGGUAUGAUGUCUAAAUUUGCUUUUUUUUGUACAGGGGACACAUCUUACAAGACACUGGGUGGAUAUUUAAAUUUUUUUUUUUUGCUGUUUCUAGCUUUUAAAAACAAGAUCAACAUGAAGUUGAAAACAUCUAUAGCGUUUCAUUCAUUUGAAUUAGCUUAUCUGGUGGUCUUGGCGAUUCUUCCAUUCAUUGCAGCCAUAAAAAUUGUUGCUACUAUCCUUGUUAGUUUCCUGCUGUUAUGUAGUCUGUUGGCAUUAAUCAAGAAGUUGACAAAAAGAUGCAUCAGCAUGAAUGGGCAGACAGUGGUUAUCUCAGGAUGUGAUACAGGUUUUGGUCAUGCAUUGGUAAAGAGGCUAGACUACUUGGGUUUCACUGUGGUUGCUGGUUGCCUUGACAACAAAGGAGAUGGUGCAGAGAUUCUACGUAAAUGGAGUGACUCUGGCAGAAUACAUGUUGUACAGCUGGAUGUUACAAGUGAUCAAUCUGUGGCCAGUCUUCAUACUUAUGUACAGAAACUGUCUCCAGAUGGUGUGUGGGCACUUGUGAACAAUGCAGGAGUUAAUUUUGUUGGUGAUAUAGAGUUCAGCACAAUGGAGCAGUUCAAGCGUGUAGCAGAAGUUAAUCAGUUUGGUGUGAUCAGACUCACCAAGGCUAUCUUACCUUUGGUGAGAAAAUGCAAAGGUAGAGUAAUCAAUGUUACAAGUGCAGAAGGCCGUAUAUGUUUACCAAGUUAUUCUGUGUAUGGAAGCACCAAGUAUGCUGUAGAAUCAUUCUCAGACUGUCUGAGGUUGGAGAUGAGAAAGUUUGGUGUGGGUGUCAUUAUCAUUGAGCCAGGAGAUUAUGCUGGAACUACAGGCAUGCUUAGUGCCAAAUCUUUACAUAAGUUACGUAAAGAGAUGGAUACAAUGUGGGGAAAUGCCUCGGAAGAAGUUAAGUCUGUGUAUGGCAAGGAUUAUUUUGAUGCUGUCUACGCGGGCACUGUAGAAGCUGCAAAAAAUGCUGCCAAGACAACCGGUUUAGUUAUAGACAGUUUGGAGGAUGCUGUCACAAAUACUCAUCCCAGGAUACGUUAUCUUGUUGAUGGAUCCUGUAAACUAAUUGAUGUCAAUAAUUGGUUGGUCAGAAUACGUUCUGUAAUCCCAGACAGCUGGUUAGAUUUUGUUCUGGAUUUCAAGUAUAAUCGACGUCUUCCACCUGUUGCAGAGAAAUUAUAACAUCAAAAUCUAUGGUGACAU